UAUACCCACACCCGCUUUAUAUGUAUCAUAUGCUAAAAAUAACCGCUCUCACAUUCUCACACACACACUCAGACUCAGAUCUAACAACAGGAAUACAAGAAGAUGGUGAAGAUCUGCUGUAUUGGAGCUGGGUAUGUCGGUGGGCCCACCAUGGCUGUCAUAGCACUCAAGUGCCCCGAUGUCGAAGUGGCGGUGGUUGAUAUUUCCGUACCUCGCAUCACAGCCUGGAACAGCGACCAACUCCCUAUUUACGAACCAGGGCUUGACGAUGUCGUGAAGCAAUGUAGAGGCAAAAACCUCUUUUUCAGCACGGACGUAGAGAAACACGUAUGCGAGGCCGACAUAGUAUUUGUUUCCGUCAAUACCCCAACAAAGACACGCGGUCUCGGUGCUGGUAAAGCUGCUGAUCUCACAUACUGGGAAAGUGCUGCUCGCAUGAUUGCUGAUGUGUCAAAAUCAGACAAAAUUGUCGUUGAGAAAUCAACUGUCCCCGUCAAAACAGCCGAAGCUAUUGAAAAAAUCUUGAUGCAUAACAGCAAGGGUAUUAACUUCCAAAUUCUUUCAAACCCGGAGUUCCUUGCUGAGGGAACCGCAAUUCAAGAUCUUUUCAAACCCGACAGAGUCCUCAUUGGUGGUCGGGAAACCCCAGGAGGCCAGAAAGCAAUCAAAGCAUUGAAAGACGUGUACGCUCACUGGGUCCCGGAAGAAAAUAUCAUCACAACCAAUUUAUGGUCUGCAGAGUUGUCAAAACUUGCUGCAAAUGCCUUCUUGGCACAAAGAAUCUCGUCUGUGAACGCCAUGUCAGCUCUUUGUGAGGCGACUGGUGCAAAUGUUAGCCAGGUUUCUUAUGCAGUCGGAAAAGAUACAAGAAUCGGUGCGAAGUUCUUGAAUGCUAGUGUCGGCUUUGGCGGUUCUUGCUUUCAAAAAGACAUCUUGAACUUGGUGUACAUCUGUGAGUGCAACGGUCUCCCCGAAGUGGCGGAAUACUGGAAACAAGUCAUAAAGAUCAACGAUUACCAAAAGACCCGUUUUGUAAACCGGGUCGUCGCUUCUAUGUUCAACACAGUGUCAAACAAGAAGAUCGCCAUCCUUGGAUUCGCCUUCAAGAAGGACACUGGUGACACCCGUGAGACCCCGGCUAUUGACGUGUGCAAGGGAUUGCUCGGCGACAAGGCUCUUUUAAGCAUUUACGAUCCGCAAGUCACCGAGGAUCAAAUCCAAAGAGACCUUUCGAUGAAGAAGUUCGACUGGGACCAUCCUCUUCACCUCCAGCCGAUGAGCCCAACUACUGUUAAGCAAGUCGGUGUUGUUUGGGAUGCGUAUGCAGCCACCAAGGAUGCCCAUGGUGUGUGUAUCUUGACCGAGUGGGAUGAGUUUAAAACCCUAGAUUUCCAGAGGAUAUAUGACAACAUGCAGAAACCCGCUUUUGUGUUUGAUGGUCGGAAUGUUGUUGACAGUGACAAACUGAGAGAAAUUGGCUUCAUUGUUUACUCGAUUGGUAAGCCGCUGGAUGCGUGGCUCAAGGACAUGCCUGCUUUGGUUUAAAGAAAGUAUUCGAUUACGUUGUUUGGCUUGUGGUGGAACCUGAGAGCACUAGUCAGUUCAAAGUCUUCACUAUUUUUGGCUGGUCAGUUCUUUUAUUCUUAAAAUUGUUCUUUGUAGCGAAAAAACAAUCAUGUGGGUUUGCGAUAUAUGUUUACUAAGCUUUACAUUCCUUCUAUGUUGUACUUAUUGAUAUUGUUACAUUUUUCAACUUCACCGGAUUUUAUUUUGUUUUGGCUCGUUUUGUUCAA